AUGUCAUCCGAGUUCCCCAUGGAGAUUGUACGCGCUGUCGGUGUCGGUCCGGGGUCCUCCAGCAUGAGUGCAUACUGUAACGGGCUCCUAAGCUUCGCGCCCGAAGGCUUCAAGGCGUACACCGUGCAUCGUCAAGAUCAACUCACGUGUGCCGUCUCGUAUAGCGAUUGCGCGGUUGAUCCAUACAGCAAGCUGACCGACCGUUGA